UUGGUGUCGUCUUCCUUUGGAGGAUCUCCAGAUGUCAUCACAUACGAAGAGAUAGCGAUCAUCGUCAUCGUGCUAGGGGUUUGGAUCUUCGCCAUCAUUCUCUUUUUCAACAGGUGGGGCAAGAUUCGGAUGUUGGAGCCGUACGAGUACAACUUCAAGUACCACCACCCGGUGCCGGAGCUGGCGGCGCACAGGCCCAGCUGCCCUAUGGCGGAGCCGAUGCUGGCUUCUCCGUUCGAGCUACACUGCCCGCUGGAGCGGCGGCUGUCGCCCUACAGUCGGCGCUGCUCAUCGCUGUCAGCCUACCUGGUGGCGGCGCCACAAAUGGCGCGCAACAACAGCGACCCGGCGCCCCCACCGCCGCCCAUCGCCACCGUCACCAUCGACGUGACGCCCAGCGCGCAGGGGACGCCAUGCCCCGAGCUCCGUGGAGGCGACGGCGUCACUGCCAGCACGCAGGGGGCGCCCUGCCCCGAGCUCCGUGGAGGCGACGGCGUCACUCCCAGCACGCAGGGAACGCCCUUCCCCGAGCUUGGCGAACGCGACGGCGUCACACCCAGCACGCAAGAGACGCCGACCCGCGGGCCCAGCGGCGGUGGCGGCGUCACGUCCAGCGAGCAGGGAGCGUCGAGCCACGAGUACGCCAGCGGCGCCUGCGGCUGCGGCGGUGGCGCGGCCGACUCGGUCGUGUGA